AUGGCAACAGCUAUUUUGAAAACAGUAGAAGAUCAGAUUGUUUGUACAAUAUGUCUGGAAAUAUUUGAAGAACCAAAAGCAUUACCAUGCCUGCAUACUUUCUGUAAGAAAUGUAUAGCCCAACAUAUUGUGAGGAAAAGCUCCCAAAAUCGGAGAAAAGAAUUCCCGUGCCCAAUUUGCCGUCGUCAAGUUUCUGUCCCUGCGCAUGUCAGACGCAAUCCGGAAGAGUGGGCAGAGCAUCUUGAAAAUAACCACGCGAUGAAGUCGAUGAUUGAUUCAUAUAAACAAACAAACAAAUGUUUGGAAACCUGCGAAAACCACCCUGAAAUGGAGCUCGACUUUUACUGUAUGGAGCAUGACCAACCUUUAUGUUCCCUAUGUUGUCAUCAACAUAGACAGUGCUGUAUUGUCACCAACCCUCCGGAUGCACGCACUGGUGAUCAUAAGACAGAACCAAGCUCUAACGAAUCCUCGAAUCAAGACGACGCUAACUUAAAGAGACUUCAUCAGCAAUGCACUUUAAUGGAGGGCAUAGUAGACAGAAGAAAUUAUAGUUUUGAUUUUCUUCAUCAAUCAGAGCAGUGCAUGCGAGAUAAAGUCAAAUCAAUGAAGAUUAAAUUAGAUGAGUUGCUUACACUAGACAAAGAAGUUAAAGAUUUAGCAAGGAAGAGAACACAAUCCUCCGAUCAAAACAGACCCAAACAACCGGAGACAAAUGUACAAACAAUAGAACUUCCAUUCCAAGGAAAACCGUCAUGGAUAACCGGGAUAACGAUUUUACCAUCGGGAAAACUGCUUCUUGUUGAUCAUACAAAUAAAGUCAUGUCUGUAUUUAACUCAUCCCAUCGUUUUCUUUGCAAAACCAACAUCAAUCCGGCACCUUAUGACGUAGUAUCUAUUUCGUUGAUUCACGAUUCCGUAAUAGUGUCACUUCCGGAUACACAGCAACUGCUGAAAUGCGAAGUACUUCAGAAUGGUGUUAUCGAAAAAGGACCAACAUUAAAGACUAAUAUCACAUGUAAGGCGGCUGCAUCAGAUGGAAUAUAUGUCGCCAUAUGCUCGUACUCUGAUUUACAAAUUUUUGAAACUGAUAGUGAGUUUUGGUCUAUUAUUUUAGAUGAAUGUUACGAAACCGCUAAGUUCACCUACAUUACAAUGACGUCUUUAGAGAAAAAGGUUUUUAUAACUGACCUAUCCUUUAAUAACCCGCAUAUCAGGUGUCUGGAUUUUGACGGAACUACACUCUGGAAAGUUAGCGAUGGGCGUGUCGGUUUCAGCACUGGUGUGUGUUCCUUUGGAUCUGAGAUUAUGGUGACGUCAUGGGAUUCGGAAAAAAUUUUCAGUUUACUUUGCAAUGGAGACGACUUGAAAACUUACCGCAAUGCUGGUUUAGUGUUCCCUUGGAAAUUGUAUGCAUCUACUGCACAAAGGAUCAUUUGUGUUUCUCAACAUAAAAACACGCUAUCGGAAGUAGAUAAAAGAACAAUCAAAGUAUUUAAAAUGUAA